GUGCCCCUGAAAAGUGUGGAUAGAAUCUCAGCCAUUAUUUUGUGUUGCAGGGGAGUAAUCAGCAACUCAGGGGGACCUGUGAGAGUAUAUAGCCUACCAGGUCGAGAAAACUAUUCCUCAGUUGUUGCCAAUGGCAUCCAGUCUCAAACGCUUUCCAGAUGGUCUGCUUCUUUCACAGUGACUAAAGGCAAAAGUGGUUCCCAGGAAGCGAUGGGACGGGCAGUGUCCACAGCACAUCCGCCAGCAGGUAAACGACUAAAGAAAACACCUGAGAAGAAAACUGGCAAUACAGACUGCAGAGCAGACAUUGCAUUUCUGAUCGACGGGAGCUUUAAUAUUGGGCAGCGGCGGUUUAAUUUACAGAAGAACUUUGUUGGGAAAGUGGCUCUAAUGUUGGGAAUUGGAACAGAAGGACCACAUGUGGGCCUUGUUCAAGCCAGUGAACACCCAAAAAUAGAAUUUUACUUGAAAAACUUUACAUCAGCCAAAGAUGUUUUGUUUGCCAUAAAGGAAGUAGGUUUCAGAGGGGGUAAUUCCAAUACAGGGAAAGCCUUGAAGCAUACAGCCCAGAAAUUCUUCACGGCAGACACUGGAGUGAGAAAAGGGAUCCCCAAAGUGGUGGUAGUGUUUAUCGAUGGCUGGCCUUCUGAUGACAUUGAGGAAGCAGGCAUUGUGGCCAGAGAGUUUGGUGUCAAUGUAUUUAUAGUUUCUGUAGCCAAGCCUAUCCCUGAAGAACUGGGGAUGGUUCAGGAUGUUGCAUUUGUUGACAAGGCUGUCUGUCGAAACAAUGGCUUCUUCUCUUACCAUAUGCCCAACUGGUUUGGCACCACCAAAUAUGUAAAGCCUCUGGUACAGAAGCUCUGCACCCAUGAGCAAAUGAUGUGCAGCAAGACCUGUUAUAACUCAGUGAACAUUGCUUUCCUAAUUGAUGGCUCCAGCAGUGUAGGAGACAGUAAUUUCCGCCUCAUGCUUGAAUUCGUUUCCAACAUAGCCAAGACUUUUGAAAUCUCUGAUAUUGGCACCCAGAUAGCUGCGGUACAAUUCACCUAUGAUCAGCGCACAGAGUUCAGCUUCACUGACUACCGCACCAAAGAGAGUGUCCUAGCUGUCAUCAGAGACAUCCGCUACAUGAGUGGUGGAACAGCUACUGGUGAUGCCAUUGCCUUUACUGUCAGAAAUGUGUUUGGUCCCGUGAGGGACAGCCCCAACAAGAACUUCCUAGUAAUUGUCACAGACGGGCAGUCCUACGAUGAUGUCCGAGGACCCGCUGCUGCUGCGCAUGAUGCAGGUAUCACCAUCUUCUCUGUUGGCGUGGCUUGGGCACCUCUGGAUGACCUGAAAGAUAUGGCCUCUAAACCGAAGGAGUCUCAUGCUUUCUUCACGAGAGAGUUCACAGGAUUAGAACCAAUUGUUUCUGAUGUCAUUAGAGGCAUUUGUAGAGAUUUCUUAGAAUCCCAGCAGUAAUGGUGGUAUUUUGACAACUGAAAGAAAAAGUACAAGGGGCUCUAAUGUAUAAGUUGUAUUCACUUAAUACUGAAAUAAUAUAGCACAUAAUAGGAUCAGAUCAGAUACAAAACUACUAAGAGUCAACAGCUGUUUUAAGCAAAUAAGCAAUCAUUUAA